UUUUUAUUUUAUUAUCUUUUAUUUAUCGCCAUCUUAGUUACUAAAGUAAAAAAAAAAAGGAAAAAAAGAGAAUAUAGAAAAAGAAAUAUUUUACCAUUUGUCUACAUUUCAUAUAGCUAUUAGUCUAUUUGAAUAACUUUCAAUGGAGUCUUACAUCAUAAAGAUCACAAUUAUUCUUUAUAUAACAAUAACAGCUACUGAAGCAACAUUUUUUCUUCCUGUAGGAGGCAUAUGGCGAGGGGGAUUUCACCAUAGAGGUGAUGUGCAUUUUGGCGGUAACUUUAACUAUAAUCGUCAAGUUGGAGGAUCCGGUGGGUAUAGCGUAGGAAGAAGUAACAGAGUAUAUGGUGGAGGUCAAGGGGUAAGCCAAGGUCAAGCACAAGCACAAGCCCAAGCCCAUGCCCAAGGUCAAGCACAACAACAAGCCCAAGCCCAAGGUCAAGCCCAAGCACAAGGUCAAGCACAAGGUCAAGCACAAUCCCAAGCCCAAGCCCAAGCGCAAGCCCAAGCCCAAGCGCAAGCCCAAGGUCAAGCACAAGCCCAAGGACAAACACAAGCCCAAGGUCAAGCACAAUCCCAAGCCCAAGCCCAAGCCCAAGGUCAAGCAAAAGCCCAAGGUCAAGCACAAGCCCAAGGUCAAGCACAAGCCCAAGCCCAAGGUCAAGAACACUUUAGAGGUUCCGGUGGCUUUAAUAUCGAUGGAUCUAAGCAAGCUUCAAGUUCGGGGCAAGCAUCUAGUGUGGGCCAAGGGUCAGGACAAGCACAAGCCCAAGCCCAAGGUCAAGCACAACAACAAGCCCAAGGUCAAGCCAAAGCACAAGGUCAAGCACAAGCCCAAGCCCAAGCCCAAGCGCAAGCCCAAGGUCAAGCACAAGCCCAAGGACAAGCACAAGCCCAAGAUCAAGCACAAUCCCAAGGUCAAGCACAAUCCCAAGCCCAAGCCCAAGCCCAAGGUCAAGCAAAAGCCCAAGGUCAAGCACAAGCCCAAGGUCAAGCACAAUCCCAAGCCCAAGGUCAAGAACACUUUAGAGGUUCCGGUGGCUUUAAUAUCGAUGGAUCUAAGCAAGCUUCAAGUUCGGGGCAAGCAUCUAGUGUAGGCCAAGGGUCAGGACAAGGUUCAAGCCGAGGUCAAGCACAAUUCGGUACCAAGAUGGAUUUUAGUAAACACUUUAGAGGUUCUGGUGGCUUUAAAAUCGAUGGAAGUAAGCAAGUUUCAAGUUCAUCAGGACAAGCAUCUGGUGUGGGCCAAGGGUCGGGACAAGGUUCAAGCCGAGGUGAAGCACAAUUCGGUACCAAGUUCGAUUUUAGUAAACACUUUAGAGGCUCUGGUGGCUUUAAUAUCGAUGGAAGUAAGCAAAUCUCAGGUUCAGGCCAACCAUCGGGUGUGGGCCAAAGUUCAGGCCAAGGUCAAGGAAAAUCCCAAUUUAAUGGCAAUAAUAAGCAGGUUGGAGGUUCAAGGCAAGGCCUUGUACAAGGUCAGGAUCAUUCGGUUAGUAACUUGAACUUUGAUAAACAAAAAGGAGGUUCUGUAACUUCUACUUAUGGUGUAGAAUUGGGAGCUUUGGGUGCAAGACAAGGGUCAACAAAAACAUCAAGCUCAAGCCAAGGUUCAAAGCAAGGGUCAUCCCAAGUAUCAACCUCAAGCCCAGGUUCAGGAGAAGGUCAAGAUCAAUCAAGUAACAAUAUUAAGUUUGAAAAUCAUGGAUCUAGUUUCGGUGGAAGUAUUAGAGAUUCAAAUUCAGGAAGAGCAUCGAGCUUAAGCAAAGGAUCAGAACACGAUAGAACAGAAUUAGGUGGCAAUGUCAACUUUCAUAAACAACCCGGAAUAUUUGUAGGCUCCAACAUGGGUCCAAAUGUGGGUGUGUUAGGAUCAAGCCAAAGUCAAACAUCCAAGUUAGGUCAAAGCACAAUAUUCGGUUCAGGUGAAGGAAAAGUGUUAGGAUCCACAACAAAUCAAGGCUCUAUUAAAAAAUCUAGUCAAUAUUCUGGUGAAGGUUCUGGUAAAUCUUCAGGUUCAUCUGCAAAUCAAAGAAUUUUUGGAAAAGAUUCAGGUCAAUUUUAUAGUCAUAGUCAUGCAUCAAGCUCAAGGCAUGCAUCACAUACUUCUUCUUCAAAGUCUUCAAGCCAAUCAUCUUCUGGAAAGUGCACAUGCCAAGAUUAAACUAAUUCGUCAUCCGACCAAUCUUCUAGAAAACUCUUAGUUAAAGCCUAGUAGAAAAAAAUCCCUCAACCCUCACAUUUUCUUGGUCCAAUAGUUGUGUGUUGGACACUUUUCAGUAGGGUAGAGGUAAGGGAAUUGAAUCUCCACCCAAAAAGUACCACCAUUUGACAAGAUUCGAACGAUAGACCUCUGAGAUCCAAGAUAUAACUCUUAUCAAGUAAGACAAGCCUCGCUUGGUCAUAGUUGGCGAGUAUAUUAUUGCCUAGUUUGUAUCGGCCUGAGUUAUAUUCUUUCAUUAAAUAAUUUAUUUUAUCCAUGAAAAAUUUAAUUGAUUCAUGGAUUCUCUUCA